AUGGUGGACGAGAAGGCGUCGCCGACACCUUCGACCAGUACAGGCGCCCGCGCCGCGCCAUCGGCCACCGCCGCUCGAGUAACGCGCGCUUCCAAGCCUAGUACCGAGGGCGCCAAUGAGAAGCCGUCCUACGUGUUCCUGCGGCUCAAGCGCAAGCGCACGGACGACCCGAUGGAGUGUCUCGUGGUGCAGCAGAGCGAGCCCGACGCCAAGCGCAGCAAAGGCAAGGCCGAGGACCUGCUGCAGGCCUUCACGAAGCUGUCGACCACCGAGAAGCGCUUCGUGUUCAAGCACAUUGACACGAUGGAGGAGCCGAUCGCUCCGGGCCGCGUCAAGUGGACGGAGAGACUCAAGCGCAAGGCUCGGUCGCUCAAGGACGAGCGCGCCGACAUGCUGGCCAAGAAGCAGAUUGCACCCGUGUUCCAGAAAGACCCUACAGCUUCAAAGCAGACGGAGAGGCGCGUCAAGCAGCAGCAAAGCCGCUCCAAGGCGCGACGCAACGAGGAAAUGCUCAAGUCCAGAGGCCUCCAGCCAGUCGUGGAGAUCAAAGAGAAGCAGACGAUGGAGCUGCACGGCAUCCGACUCGUGGACCUGCAGGUGUCCACUGUCGCUAGCAGUAAAGAAGAGAAGAAGGAGGAAGGUGUCACUGUCCUGGAGAAGAGCAAGACGGACUUGGUCACGGUGAAUGGAGCGCGGCUGAAACCCACGCGCGUGUUGAACCCGCACGAGCGCGAGCUGGAUGAAGCCAUUUGGAACGCCUUCCGCGCCAACGACUUUGCCCCGUUCUUCCAGAUUUACCAUGCGCGGCGACCGGAACUGCGUGUGGACCCUGUGUCGUUCCAGAGACCCGCAGACGGCAGUACGAUUCUCAUGGCGGCGGCGCUGCACGGACGGAGUGAUGUGAUUGAAGUGUUGCUGCGCUCGGGUACAACGAGUGUUCUUCAGCAAGACUGGGAAGGAGCUACUGCGGCGGUUUUUGCGAAGCGUGGAGGCCACGACAAUGUGGAAACGGCACUAUUGGCAUGCGAGGAAGCAGAGCAGGAGAAGGACUACGUGUACGACGUGUACUGCGUUGAUAUCUCUGCUAGUGAGAGCCAAGGCACCGCACACGAUACUGCUACAAGUUCCGAAGACGGUGCGGAACAAACAAGUGUGAACGGUGUGCCCGUUGUUAGUGUGAGCUCGGAGGUGCAUCGGUGGCUGUCCGAAGAGCCGAGUGACGAGGUGAAGGAAUACAUGCUGGAGUCCGACAUCGAUAGCAACGAAGAAGUGGACGGGUACGCACGCCUGUAUAGAUACCCCUGGGACCGCUGA